CGAUCACGCCAGCUUGCUAGCUUUUCAGGCUCAGCGCUGCUUAAUUUGCAGAGAUUAGGCCAUUUUCACGACCCCAGUAGUCGUCUCCGCGAGCCCUGCGAGCGUACGUGGCUCCAAGAGCUUGUGAGAGCCCGCUCUCUUAACUUGGGCCCAAGGUGUGAUACGUCGUCAUCAAAGCACUCAUUUACGCUGCUCGAAGAUGCCAAAGUGGUCCAUGGCGCUUCUGCUCGCGCUUCGCCGCGGCGCCAGCCUCACACCCGUAAUACGCCGCCGCUGCGGUCGCGCCUUGGCCAGCCUGCCCAAAGAUGAUGCCGGCUGGAUGACGGAGCUCUCGCCGAAUCAAUUCGCGGUGCUGCGCCAGAAGGCGACGGAGCCGCCCGGUUACUCUGAAGGUACCGAGGGCGAGCUUGAGCACGACCUCAAGCGUGAUUACGGUACGAAAUACCCGGACGUCGGCGUGUACGAGUGCGCGGGCUGUCGGGAGCCCUUGUACUUUGCUCGCACGAAAUUCAACAGUGGUUGCGGCUGGCCGGCUUUUUACGACGGCAUACCCGGAGCGAUCCGCGAGGUGCCCGAUGCCGACGGGAUGCGCGUAGAGAUCGUCUGCGCGAAAUGCGACGGACACCUCGGUCACGUCUUCAAGAACGAGGGCUUCCCGACCCCGACCGACGAACGCCACUGCGUCAACGGUAUUAGUUUGAGAUACGAGCCCGCGGGGUAUCAGCCGGACGACACGCCGAAGCUUCCGGCGGCUCUGGUGCCGAAGCCGAUUCCUCCGUGAGUAAGUAGGAUGUGUUGAU